GUUUUAUCAUUUAAAAAAUAUAUAGACUCUUUAUUGAUUUACUUAUUGAAACGAUACUGUAAUCUUUAGGAUAACGAGCCCUACACCCAAAGGAGAAACACACGAGGACAUGCGUCAAGACGAGCUUUAUCAGGAUUUUCCCUUUGCUAUGAGGUGUGAAAGCAGUGACACAGUGGUAUUUGUUCCCUUUGCCAAGGGUGCACGCUAUGGGGAUGUUCGAAAAACUCUGGCAGCUCUUCUAGGGCGGCCUUUUCUAACAACGGGUAUUGCAUCAUACCCUCUAGGCAGCCCACGAAUUGCUUCUGGUACUGUUACAAUUCCCUUUGUUGACACUGAUGAGGUAGAGGUAGAUGAUGGGCCCAUUAUGCGCGCUCACAUUUUAACUAAACUUGACUCCGGUGAAUGGGCCACAGAAUAGCAUGCUCGAGUAUGGAAGUUUCUGCACGUGCUUAAAGAAUUAGGACUCUUUACACCCCUCUUUUUCUCCAUUUAUUGAUAUUUGUUCCAUUGUUUGAAUAAGCUGGAUAAAUUGUGAUGUUUUAGGGUCAUAUAAGUCUCUGUUAACACAAAA